AUGUCCCGAAAGAGCACAAAUAUAAAGGCUUCGAAGCCGAGAGUCUUGGGCCAAAAGACUCGCCAGCACUCAGUCGCCGCUCGGACGCCGGAGAGGAAAGAACUUAAACUAAUAAAUAUGUCGGCUUUAACAACACUCGUGCGGACUCUCAGGCAGAGUGAGGCUGUCCUAGUGGGUCCAAGCAUCCGGGGAUUCUGCACCAAACCACCCAAGGCCCCAGAGGCCAAGACAGCACCUGAAGCUCCCAAGGCCCCAGAGACCAAAGCAGCACCUGAAGCAGCAGCUGCAGCCCAACCACCACCACCUGCACCUGCCAAACCAGCUGGCCCCACUGUUCCUGCCUAUGUCUCAAGUGCCACACCCAGUGCCCCAGCUGAACCUGUUGGCCCAGGAGCAAGCAAAGUUGGAAAUUAUCCAAAUACUGAGUACUAUACUUACAAUAAGAUGAGCUAUUUUGACUUGGAAGUGGAGAUGGGACCAGACAGGAUCCCACAGCCUUCAUCCGGCAAUGGGCGAUUUUGAUUAGCAUUUCAGUGUUGGGUGAUUGAUUUUCUUCCCUCUGUUUCCCUAUGAAAAAUAAACUAAAAUAAAGAGUUUAUUUGUAAAUACUGUAGAAUAAAGAAAAACAAUGUGA